GCUUGAAGUAAAACUAGUCCGAAAACAAGACCUGCAACAAGUGACUUUCAACAACUGAGACGAGAAUGGAGCUUUCGCUUUGUCACAUUUGGUUAGAGAGCUUGGUCAACAAAUAAACGCAUCUUGUGGGAUAAACGGCAGACGGUGAGGUGAGCCUUAUCCACAGAGAGGGAUUUGGUUGUUUCUCUAAGUGUUCCUUAUGGAGUCAUACAGAGUUAAUGGCAUGCCUAACACUGGACUUCCACAAGGCUAUACACAGCCCUCCCAGACAAGAGGCCAGAGCAAUGGCACUUACGGCCUCAGUAUCAGAGUUCAAGGCAUAGAUGGACACCCUUAUGUGGUUCUCAAUAACCAGGAUAGAUUACCAAACCCCUAUGCAGCCCCCCAAAACAGUAAUGGGUAUAUGGACUCAGAAAGACCUUUCACUACCAACUAUGAGGAAUAUGAACCCAAAGGAGCCAGGAAAAAUCUUCCUGAAGGCCCAUUUUUGGAUUACAAGCCUCAGAAGCAACAUGGAGGUCCUCACAAUGGGACUUCUGAUCCUAAGAAGCAGUCCAAUUUUUUAAACUUCCAGAAGCAUCCAGAGAUUCUCAAGCCAUAUGAUCCUGAGAGCAAUACUCUUGAUAACUUUCAAAGUCUGCCAACAGCUGAGACUAGAAAUCACUACCCAGCGUCCAUGCCAAGAGCCAACUUCCCACUUUUGAGUCAAGCUCGAUCCUCCAGCCUAGACCAAUUCAUAGUCCCCGAUCCACCUUUACUGGAUGACAGGGGACACUCCCAACCUCAGGUUCAUACCCAGACACUCCCAUUCAAUGUCCAACCUCAAACGGGUCCGUCCAAAGACCAUGUUGUGGGUCAGCCUCAGGUCAAACCCCAGAAUCGAGCUCAACCUCAGGUCAAGCCCCUGAGUCAGCCACCAUUCAAGACUCCAGUGCCCUACCAGGCUCAGUCCCAGCCCUCACAACGCCUUCCAGUUCCUCAGGCAUCUACAGUGGCCAGCAACCCUAAUGACCAUACCAAGUUUGCCUCGAGGCCACCCAGCUCAGUGAGUAGCACCAACUCCAGCCUUGAGCGAAGUCGACGUGAACCAGAUGUCCUGCCCUUGAGGCGUAUUGACUCUAGUGGCCCAGUGCUACAGUCUUCCCCAUCCCGUAACUCCUCUAUGGGCUCCAUCUCACCAACCAAGGAAGACCAGUUGGACCAGCUUUAUGCAGACACCAUCAACCGCCAUGAGAAUCGGCGUUACAUCCCUUUUUUGCCUGGUACUGGCCGUGACAUCGACACUGGUUCCAUUCCAGGCGUUGAUGAGCUCAUCAAGAAGUUUGACAGCAAAGAAACUUCUCAACGCAGGGGUCGGACAGGACGGAGGAAACGAAUUAACCCAGAGGACCGGAAGCGCUCCCGUAGUGUGGAUAGCGCCUUGCCAUUUGGUCUCAGUGGAGAUGCCGACUACUUGGAUGAGGUUAGCCAAAAUCGAGGCAGGUCCUCAGAGCACCUCCUCCGGCCAUCACUGCUCUUACAGAAGGGUGCUACAGUGAAGGCCUCCCCCAUCUCUCCACCUUCCACUGUUGGACACAGGGCGAGCCUCAAAAACAUAGCACAAGUCAGCAGUGCUCCAGGCUCUCCUCUAGGGACAUUCUCUAACUAUGCAGCUGGUAAUUUGGGGUAUAAGAAGCCUCUGAGUCAUCCUUCCAUUGUGCCUGUAGAGAACAAAAAUGAAGAAGCCAAACCAUCACAGAGCAAAAUGUCCAUGUCGAGUCUGGCAACAGGAUCAAUUUCUCAUCCCGCUGUCAACAUUAAAACAUCAAACACAGAAGUGGAUGCACAGGUGACACCUGAUCUUCUGAAAGGUCAACAAGAGCUUUCACAACAAACAAAUGAAGAGACUGCCAAGCAGAUCUUAUUUAGUUAUCUCAAAGAUGGGAGCAAUGAUAACGAUGACACUACAAAGAGGAAGGUCAACCUGGUGUUCGAAAAAAUCCAGACCUUGAAGUCACGGGCAGCGGGAAACGUGCAAGCGGACAACAAAUCUCCAGACAUUGCAGUCCAGGCUAGAGCCCUUCAGGAGCAGAAAGCAGCACUAGAAAAAGAGAUUGUUGAUCUUAAGAAACAGCUUGAGUACGAAAGCAAGAAGCACACUAAUUUGAGCGAGAAUCAACUGAAGAUGGGAGCGGGAAAGAAGGACUUGAAGGGAGAGCUGGACCAGAGUCAAGCGGAGUGCAGCAGACUGCACAACAAGCUUAGUAAAACAGAGGAUGACCUGCACACUACACUGGAGGAACUCUUUCAGGUGAAGAUGGAGAAAGAGCAGUAUCAAACGGAGAUCAGAGACCUGCAGGACCAGCUCUCAGAGAUGCAUGAUGAAUUGGAUGGAGCCAAACAGUCUCAAACAGACAGCAUAGAGAAAGAGGCCAUGAUGGAGGACUUGAUGCACCUGAAGUUAGACCUCCAGGAUCUGCUCCUAGUCAGAGAGGAGCAAGAGGAUGUGCUGAGAAGGCGCGAGAGGGAGUUGACCGCCCUCAAGGGAGCUCUGAAGGAGGAAGUGGCAACUCAUGAUCAGGAGGUGGAUAAACUUAGAGAGCAAUAUGAAAAGGAGAUCUGCAAGCUGCAAACGGCUGUGGAGGAUGCCAAACAGAACAACGCCACAGCCAGUAAGGAGAAAGAGGAAGUGGAGGCAGCACGGCAGUUGUCUGAGGGCCAGGCAGGCCGUCUGUCUCAGGAGGUGGAGAAGCUGCACAGGAGGGCGCAGGAGCUGGAGAAUGAGGUGGCCAAACUCAACCGCAUCAUUGAUGAAGCCAAGCUGCAGGAGAGCAGGCUGGGGGAGCGUGCCAGCUGUCUGGAGAAGGAGAAGAGACUGUUGGAGGAGUCUCUCGCUGAGGUCAGGGAACAGGAAGAGGAAAUGACCCGAGCAAAUCUGGCGCUUCAUACUCGCCUAGAGGAUGUGCAGAAAAACUUGACCAAGAUGACUCAAGAGCACCAUAAGCUGGAGGAGAGACUGAAGGAGGAAAGGAGUCAGAAAGAGCAGUUUAAAAACACUAAGAAUGAAAUUGAAGAUGAGAGAAGGCUGCUGGACAGGACUGUCGAGAAAUUACAAUGGGAGAUGAAUGAGAUAGUAGAGGCAUCUCAGAGCUCAACUCAGGAGCUGCAGGAGCAGAUAGACAAGUAUAAAGAAAAAAACCAGAGGGAGAUGGCAGAGCUGCAGAAGCAGCUUAGAGAGGGAGAACUGGAACUAGAUAAAUCACAUCUUGCCACCAAGACUCUUCAGGAGGAGCUGGCUCAUGUGCAAAAGGAACUGCACCAGUGUCAGAAGGAGAGAGAUGAAGCAAUGCAGAGAACAAAUGACCUGGAGCAGAAGGUCUUUGAUUUGGAGGUCGAGGCAGAGACGAAAGCCCACUCAAAUGACAAAAGCAGACAAGUCAAACUCCUGGAGGACCGUGUGUCUCAGUUAGAGAUGGAGCUGGAGGAGGAAAGGCAGAGUGGAGAUAUGCUAUUGGAGAGAAUAGAUAGAGGGAGAGAACAGUUGGAGCAGAUGAGGAGUGAGCUCAUGCAGGAGAGAGCCAGCAGACAGGAUCUGGAGUGUGACAAGAUCGCCCUGGACAGACAGAAUAAGGAUCUGAAGAGCAGGAUCGCUCAUUUGGAGGGAUCUCAGAAGCCCAAUAAAGAGGGCCUGGUGGCCCAGAUGGAGAACCGCAUCCAGGAACUGGAGGAAAGACUGAAGGGAGAGGAGAGAGAACGAGCUAACCUACAACUGGCGAACCGUCGGCUAGAGCGCAAGGUGAAGGAGAUGAUGAUGCAAGUGGAUGAAGAGCAGCAUUCACUGCAAGAUCAGAAAGAUCAGCUGAACCUGCGUCUGAAGGCUCUGAAGAGGCAGAUGGAUGAGGCGGAGGAGGAGAUUGACCGACUGGAGCACAGCAAGAAGAAACUGCAGAGAGACCUCGAGGAGCAGCAGGAGGCCAACGAACAGCUCCAGAGUCAGCUCAAAGCACUGCGCAGUGAGAUGAGGCGUAAGAGCAGCUCGGCACCAGUCCUGAAUGUCGAUGAUGACGAUGAUGACAUCAGCACUUAUGGUGAGACCUACUUCAGUUCUUCAUCCGGCUACAAGCGCUCCAGCAGUCAAGAUGCCAUCAUCUCCAAUUUCUCUCUGUGAAAAUACUACUGCAAACUGGGAGGAAGUUAUAGAUACAGAUGGAAAGAUGCCAUUUCAUGUAACCAUGAGACCAAUCCCUAAUGCCUUACUUCCUUGAUGAUAUAUUUUUGCUAGCUUUUUCUAUAAGUAAUCUUUUGUGUUCAAACCUUUUGAAUACUGUAUAGCACUGUAUAUCUGCGCAAAACACAAUGUUUGUCAAUUGUUUUGUUUGUUUUUUGUCAAAAUUGUGUACAAUUAAAUAUUCUACCAUUCCAAUAAAUCCACUGAUAUAAAAAUGAUGCAAAAAUCAUUGAAUGAUGCAAAAACAGCAUGUUAUUUAACUACCCAGAAUGUGAAGGACUGACAGACUGAAAGACAAUACAUAUUAAGGGAAAUAUGUAUGAGGGACAAAAACAAAACAGUGAUGACCAAUAGUUUUUUACUUAAUGAACAAUCAGAUUAAAUGUUAUUCCUUAUUAACUGUUCAUACGAAGCUGCACUUGAUUCUGUACAUUUCCAUCUCAUUUUUCAACAUUAUACCAUACACAAAUGCCUUUGAAUUGAACAGAUUCUCUGGUCUCUGUCUGUACAAAUCUUUUCCAUUCAAAUGUUACACUGUAUUGACAUAUUUAUGUUACCAGGAUUUUUCGUCCUACUCUGAAACACAAAUCAGUGUUAUGGAUGUAUGAACUGCAUGAGCCUGUUGUAUUUUAUAUAUAUAUAUAUAUAUAUAUAUAUAUAUAAACUUUUAGAAUUGGUUUUAACACACUUUCCUGUCCUUACGAAUAUGCCCUGUAUUUGCAUGCUGUAUAUUUAAAAGCAUUUGUGCCUGUUGUUUCAGAGGGGAAAGAAAUGUCCUGACUUAUACAAACCUUGUAUAUUACUGAACUGACAAUCACACUUUCGGAAUACACUGUGAUGAUUUGCACUGUAUAAUUGAAGUGAGCCCUUUGUGUGUUCAGUGCUUAAAUGUUUAAUGGGACAAAUCUGCAGUUAUUAUUCAAUACUGCGUCUUUUUUAAGGUUUAAAAAAAAAAAAAAAAGAAUCCUGCCUCUACCUCUCUGUACACAUCUAUCUAAAAACCUGAAAACAAACAAAAAAGAAAUAAAGUCCACAGUUAAUCUAA